GCCAGCUGUACGUAUGUAUUGGUAAUAUAACACGAUGACUGCCUAAUUUGAAUGCAGAUGUACAGUUCAUGCAUGAUGGCCGUGCGUAUAUUAAGCCUUCACCACCGCUUUUCCCUCCCUCUCCUCCUCUCUCUACGUCUAGGAAUCAUGGCUUCGGCUUGGCCCCCGGUCAUGGAUCGCAGUCGUUUUUAUCACAUACCUUUUCCCACACUCAGUUGAGUUCACCAACGACAACAUCAUAAUAUAUACAUCUCUUAUGUAACCAUGGGCAAACACAACCCCCAAGCCAAGCAAAGGGCCCCAACCCUCAACGAAACCCUAGACUUCAUCGAGCAAACCUACAAAGAAUCAAAGUUAAUCAUCGUCGGCUGUCUGGCAUCCUGGACACUCUGUCGACUGAAUUUCCGCUUUGUCUGGCUACUCAUCAUCCUAGCUUUCUGCCGUACGCAAUACCAAGUAUCCAUCCGACGAAUCGAGCGCGCCAUCCGAGACGAACUCCGUCGGUACCACUCACAAAAGAUCUUACAGCGCGGUGAAAGCGUAGAAUGGGUAAACGAUGUCCUAGGGCGAGGAUGGCAUCUCUACCAACGCCAGAUCUGUAAACGGAUCGUUCAAUACGUCAACGCCGGACUGGCCCUACGCAGCGAAGAUUCGUCCCCGCAGAAACUGGUCAUCCAUUCUCUGGCUGCCGUGGAACAGCCGCUGCGAUUUACAAAAGUGACGACCUACUCCAAGCCUCAGUCACGCAAUUUGAUCAUUGAAGGACACUUCCGCAUCGAUCUCCGCCCACCGGACGAUCACAGAAUGCAUCUGCUGGGCCUUGUACACAGUGAUGAACCACUCAUUGACCUGGCUAUUGUGCAUGAAAAGCCAGACCGCAAGAACCAUGAUCUCGUAGUGCAUGUGAGACAGGUUACAGGAACGGGGAUAGUACGGUUAGAAAUCGACCUUGAGAGUAUGGAACCACAUAUCCUACAGCCGCAGAUUGAACUGCAGGAUCAUCCACAUAUCGACUGUACGAUCAAGACAGUGAGUCAGCAUCAUUUUCCCUUUCAUUUUGCGCAUCACAUCGACUGGCGAAGAGCGGUGGAGAAGCAAAUUCGCGAGGGGCUGGGAUGGGCCUUCCACCGACCUUUACCGCUUCCGUUUCACUUUUUCGGCGAGAAAUUCUUGGUCAAGAUGAUGACGUGGUGGUGGCAGCUGAGUCGGGCCGUUCAUGAUUAGUCGUUGAUAAUGAAUAAUGAAUUACUAUUAGUUAUUGGUUUCCUCCAUGGGGACAAAGUUGAACAGAACAGUAAGAGUGUCAUUGGUUCAUUUGGUACCGAGAAAGCCGAGUCCAAGUGGGCCAUCGCCUCGUAGGGCUGAUGGUUGGGGAUGAGAAAAAAG